CAAUUUCGUGUGCUUUUUCGAGUCUGCCAUGUUUUGUCCUAUUUGUCGCGCUUGAUGAACGCGUAUUCUGUCCUAAAACUAUUAUUUCUGAAUGCAUUGCGGGUUGUGUUGUGUUUACAAAUAGUGCAGUUGAUUGAAUAAUAAUAAGUUUAGUGAGACUUUAAGUCGAAGUAUCAUUUUUGAUACAUCUGUGUGUAACGGUGUUAUUUUGUAUUUUCAUCAUAUUACGGAAUAUUUCAAUAGCUUUGUACGGUGCUGUGUUUAGCGUUGCUUCGUAGCUACACGAAACAUUCCUGUCAUUCGUCGCAGUGAAUACAUACUUUCGGCCUGUGACGCAACCCACGUGCACAUAUUUCAGCGAGGAACGCAUGCACAUUUGUUAUUAUUUUGUUCGUGCGUCGGAACCCAUUACGGUGAAGGACCGAGGACCGAGCGAUCGGGGGGGCGAUCGGCUGUCCGACUUGCACGCGCCCUCGGCCGUCGCGCCGUAUUCAUUCAUUCGCGGAUAGUUUAUCGGUGAUUUCUCGGUGUCGUUUGUUGUAAUCGUGUGCGCGAGAAUAGUGAGUGGUGGUCGAUCGGGCGGUGCACCGCACACGUGACACGGCCGUGUUUGCUUGCAUCAGUCGAGCGCGGCGCGAGGGUCGGGCGCACGAGCCCGCUGCAGCGAGCGACCAGCCACCUCGCGGAGGUUAAUCACCCGCUCUCGUGCCUCUGUUUACCUCGCGAGUGAAGCGCGCGGCCGGAAGCGCUCAUGCCCUGCCAAUGACGCCGCCGCUGCCGGCGCCAGUGUGUUGAGCCAGUGAAUAUCAGUGUUAUGCCCCUUUGGUUAUGAGUGUGUGACAAACAAGUGCUGUGCUAAGGACACUGGAGCCCCUCAACGGAGUUGGGCCCGCCGGGGCGGCCCUAGUGCUUCUCGGGGCUCCUCACGAAGGCAAAAUGGCUGCGUGGAACCGCCACCACCACUUUACCAUGCUCAUGGAUGAGAAUGGCAAAAAUAAGUUGGGCGCGGUGGGCGGCGGCGUGGCGGAGGCGGGCGGCGGCGAGCGGCGCCACGUGCCGCUGUACGGCCGGCUGGUGGCCGAGGAGCAGCUGGCCGCCAUGAGCGCGCCCUCAGACAUUCAGGUGAGCGCCGCCGCGCGCAACCCCCGGGCUUUCCACCGCUACCGAACCCCCGCUCAGGCGAUGCAGGCCCGAAUACCUCACCACUUUCGGGAUCCCUCAACGGCGCCGCUAAGGAAACUCAGUGUCGACCUCAUCAAAACCUACAAACACAUAAACGAGGUAUACUACGCGAAGAAGAAGCGGAGAGCGCAGCAGUACCUCGGCGAGGACGGCUCACACAAGAAGGAGAGGAAGCUGUACAACGACGGCUACGACGACGACAACCACGACUACAUCAUCAAGCAGGGCGAGAAGUUCCUCGACCGGUACGAGAUCUCCUCGCCCAUCGGCAAGGGGUCCUUUGGACAGGUUGUGAAAGCGUACGACCACGAGGAGCAGUGUCAAGUAGCAAUAAAAAUAAUUAAGAAUAGGAAACCCUUCCUGAACCAGGCACAAAUAGAAGUCAAGUUACUAGAAAUGAUGAACAGAGCAGACGCGGAAAACAAGUAUUAUAUAGUGAAACUGAAACGGCACUUCAUGUGGCGGAACCACCUGUGCCUCGUGUUCGAGCUGCUCUCGUACAACUUGUACGACUUGCUGCGCAACACCAACUUCCGCGGCGUGUCGCUCAACCUCACGCGCAAGUUCGCGCAGCAGCUGUGCACGGCGCUCCUGUUCCUUAGUCAACCAGAACUAAAUAUAAUUCACUGUGAUCUAAAGCCGGAGAAUAUCCUGCUCUGCAACCCGAAGAGGUCAGCAAUCAAAAUUGUCGACUUUGGCAGCUCGUGUCAACUUGGACAGAGGAUAUACCAAUACAUCCAGUCCCGGUUCUACCGCUCGCCCGAGGUCCUGCUCGGGGUACCGUACGACCUCGCCAUCGACAUGUGGUCGCUCGGCUGCAUCCUCGUGGAGAUGCACACCGGUGAGCCGCUGUUCAGCGGCGCCAACGAGCUGGACCAGAUGAACAAGAUCGUGGAGGUGCUGGGCGCGCCGCCGGACCGCCUGCUGGACCAGGGUCAAAAGACAAGAAAGUUCUUCGACAAAUUACCAGCGUCAGAAGGCGGUGGUUACGUGUUAAAGAAAGUCAACGGCAAAGACGGAAGUGGUUACAGGAAGUACCGCGCGCCGGGCACGCGGCGCCUGCACGACAUCCUCGGCGUGGAGGGCGGCGGGCCGGCGGCGCGGCGGCGCGGCGAGCCCGGCCACUCCGUGUCCGACUACCUCAAGUUUAAGGACCUAAUACUGCGCAUGCUCGAGUACGACCCGAAGCAGCGCGUGACGCCGUACUACGCGCUUCAGCAUAACUUCUUCAAGCGCACCGCCGACGAGGCCACCAACACGGCGCAGGCGCAGGCGCACCAUCCGCACGGUCACGGCGCGCGGCUGUGGGGCGUCUCGUCGGCCGCGUCAGCUGAGCGCAUGGAGGUGGAGACCCGGCGCGAGGACGAGCCCAUGCUGCCCGCGCCCGUGUGUCCGCAGCUGCAGCACAGCCCCGUCGCCAUCCACUAGCCACCAGGACCAUGCUAGACUAGCAGACGAUGUGUGAAGUGAACCAGUGUGGUGUAGCGCGCGGCGCGGAAACGACCGCCCGGGACCGAGUGACAAGUGACAGUGACAGUGGCGAGCGCGGGGGUUUCCGUGCCGACAGUGUGAAGUGCAAGUGGCGAGCUCUGGACUGAACUCCAUAUUUAUAAUUCUAUAUUUUUAUUUAAUGCGAUAAGUCUGACUGUAAAGAAAAUAUUAUGGUGACGAUUUGUAACAUUGUAUUAUUAUUUCGUUCUUAAUGGCUUCACUCCGUACUUAGAGAAAUAACGUUCCGAUAGAAGGUAUGCGGGCAAGCCGACACUCUGGACGCAUUAAGGGCAUACAAGCUAAGUUUUUUUAUUGUUACGCAAUGCAUAUCAGGAACGCAAUAUUGAUAGUAAAUAAAUAUUGUAUAUAUUAUUAGGAACCGAAUAAUGAAUACCGACUGCAACUGAACUGGUUAUAACUAUAGUUUAAUUAUGAUAAUGUAUGCUAGUUAGCCUUUCAUUCACAUUGAGUAUCGCAAGCUUAUUAUAUACUUUAUU